UUUCGCUCGUAUGUGUAUAAGAUCGUUGUUUAAUUCAUCUCCUUUUCUAUUUCUUUUGGGCCUCUUAAGUAUGGAGCCUCCUGCAGAGAGUCCAGAAGAGCAGGACUCCUGUGGGUGUGACUCCAAGCCAGGGGUGCAGGGAGAGGUCUGGGGCAGUGAAGGCCAUGCUGAGGUCCACAGGCCUUCAUCGGAUGGGAGCAAGAGAAAGAAGAACAGGAAAAAGAGACUGUGGAUCAAUCUCACUAACUGUAAAUAUGAGAGUGUACGUCGUGCUGCUCGCAGAUAUGGCUUGCGAGAGGCUGGAGAAGGAGAAGACUGGACUUUAUUCUGGACAGACUUUUCUGUGUCUCUGGAUAGAGUCAUGGAUAUGAAACGAUACCAAAAAAUCAACCAUUUUCCUGGAAUGAAUGAGAUUUGUAGGAAAGAUCUUUUAGCAAGAAACAUGAACCGUAUGCUGAAGCUCUUUCCCAAAGACUAUCACAUCUUCCCCCCCACGUGGUGUCUCCCUGCAGAUUACAGUGAUUUUCAAGCCUACACAAAAGCCAGAAAGCACAAGAUCUACAUUUGCAAGCCAGAGUCAGGUUGCCAAGGUCGCGGUAUCUUUCUGACCAAGACGAGUAAGGAUAUUCGGCCUGGCGAACACAUGAUCUGCCAGGUGUAUAUAUCCCGGCCAUUAAUAAUUGAUGGAUUCAAGUUUGACCUGCGCAUUUAUGUGUUAGUGACUAGCUGUGACCCCUUCCGUAUCUUUGUGUACAAUGAGGGGCUGGCCCGUUUCUGCACCAGCCAGUACAGUGAGCCCACCAGCAGCAAUAUGGAUGAUAUCUGCAUGCACCUGACCAACUAUGCCAUUAACAAGAACAGUGAGAAUUUUGUCCGUGAUGAUGACACAGGCAGCAAACGGAAGCUCUCUACCUUCAACAAGCAUCUGGAGGCCAUGCAUUAUGACCCAGAGAGGGUGUGGGGGGAUAUUGAGGAUGUGAUCAUUAAAACCCUCAUCUCUGCUCAUCCUGUUCUCAAGCACAACUACCACACCUGUUUCCCCAACCACACUGCCGGCAGUGCCUGUUUUGAGAUCCUGGGCUUCGACGUGCUGCUGGACCACCACUUAAAGCCUUGGCUGCUGGAGGUGAACCACUCACCCAGCUUUACCACAGACUCUCAUUUGGACCGGGAGGUGAAGGACGGCUUGCUGUAUGACACACUGGCACUGAUUAACUUGGGGGCAUGUGACCGCAGGAAGAUUACAGAAGAGGAGAAACGCAGAGUAAAAGAGCGACUACAGCAGAAUCUAUCCAGACAGGCCAGGAAUGAGGAUCUUCGCCAGUCCCAUGCAGCCAAUGUGGAACAGAUGCAGAGAUACGAAGCCAAACACCUGGGUGGAUUCCGUCGGAUCUACCCCAAAGAGGGAGGGGAGAAGUAUGAGAAAUACUUUGAACACAGUAGCUCCCUCUUCCAGGAGACCACAGCCUCGAAGGCGAGGGAAGAAUGCGUUCGGCAGCAGCUGCAGGAGCUCAGACUGAAGCAGGAGCAGAAGGAGAAAGAACAGAAGGGGAGUCACAGGCGUGAGCUGCAGGGCGAGUCUGCAGGAGAGAGAGCCCAGCCACGCAAAGCGCCAGCUCACCCUAAACACUCUGGUCUGAACUCUCAGCAAGAUCAGCUGUCCAUGCCUCCACUUCCUGCUCCAGGAGGAGGAACUUCCUUAGCUGUGAUUGUAUCAGAGGAUGAAGAGGUAGAACGAAUCAAUGGCCUCCUGGAAAGGAAACACCUGUUGCGGGAACUAGGCGUGGUUGAUCAGGUGUACCAGCUUCUACAGGUUGCCCAACCUCUGCCUGAUUCUACCAGGCGCCCAUAUGAACAAGCCAGUUUCCAUUCCCACAGUACAUAUGACAGACCCAGCAAGUUGUAUUCUGUGGCAGAGAAACCCCCCUGUGCUGAAGUUGUGCAGCAGGUGCCUCUGGGAACCAAACCCUGCCUGCAGUACAUGAACACCCACCUCCUGCAGCAUAGCUGUGCCUGGGCCGCUCGCGACGUGGGGCUUCGGCAGCCGGCCCUGAGCGAGCCCACCAGCGUGCAGCGCUAUGUGCUCAAUAUGGCGACUGCAUCUGACACAGAGCAGCGAGCUGUUCCACAUCACAGGAAGGCUGCCAGUCCUCACCACACGCCGUGGUCAAUUACGAGCCUUCUUGCUAGGCAAACCAGUAUGAGCUGCUCAUUGGCUGAGUCGAGGACACGGGUUGCCAUGGCCACGGUGCCACAGCCGAUCCCAAAGAGACUGCACUGCACUCCAGUGUCUUCAGACCCUAAAGCCAUGCAGAGUCUGUUCAUCAUCUCCAGCCCUGCCCCUCUGGUCCCACGGCCAGACCUAUCUUACAGCCUGCGCAGAGCUCCCUGUAAAGCCCCCCACCAAGGGCCCACCAACUGAUGCGUUACUGCUCAGCAUCCCAGCGUUCAACAGCCAAGUGCAGGAGCCGCCCUGAACGCAUCCAUUCAGUAUCUGUUUUUGUGUUCAUUUAUUUUCCUUUUUAGUUAUUGGGUUUUGCUCAGGAUGUUGCAUUUGUUCAGUUUAUCGCAAGGACUAUACAGUAAUAUGAACUGAUGUGAAUUUGUCUUGAAGUCUUCUUUGGAUAAUUAAGCAAACCAUUGAUUGCCUCACUACUUCAUUGAGCAUUUAUAUUCACUGAGCAAAGCAAAUAUUUAAAUAAAUGUCAACAAUUA